UAAGGUAAAUUUCACCUUUCGGGAAAUACAAACUGAAUAAUGGCUAAGAAUCUUUUGGUAGUGUUUGCGCUACUUUGUUUCGUUGGAAGUUUCGUUCAGGCCACUAUUCCUGUGAAUGUUGGCUGCCAGAGUACCUCGAAGUACAAAUGGCUAAACCUUGUGCAACCAGCAAGUGUCUACCAGUCGUGCACCUACAGUAUUGCUCCGUACAGUAUUUACGUUUGCCAGUUGAGAGUUGAGUUUGCUACCGUCUUGGCCCAACCGACUUCACCAAAUCUCAUAGACAGCCCAACUUGCAGAAAUGGAUACAUUCAGAUUGGGAGACAUAAAAUUUGUGGUGUGAAUUCAAACCAGCAUUUGUAUGUGGACUUCUUUGGAUCCAACUCAAACAAUCGGGUCACAAUAGUCACAAAUCCCAAUGGUGGUACUUACCAAAUCAAGGUCACCCAAGUGGAGUGUCCAAUUGGUUAUAAGACCAAAAUUUAUCAACCAACGGACAAACUGGCACCUGUGAAGCCCAUCCAGCCGGAGAGCAAACUUAUGAAAACCAUCAUUUUCGAUACAGACAUAAUAGCACCAAGCGGCUGUGACCAAUAUUAUAUCGACACCGUAGGUUUCGUCGAAUCCUUCAACUGGAAUAAUGCACGAGGACCAUAUCCUGGCAGCAUGCAAUACACCGUGUGCUUCAGGAGACCAGUCUCAUCUUCAAGGCUUAGGUUGUAUGCAAUGGACUUCUCCCUGGAAUACAACGCUGCCGACCAAACCAACGGAAAUUGCUACGACUUGUACGAGGCUACCCCGGGUUACUCAAGUGAUUAUGUAAUGGUCCCAUAUUCAAGGAUCACAGAAACUGGAAUCGUCGCAGAUCAAUAUUGUGGGGUCAUCUUGCAAUCCAGAACGGUCGAAUCUACUAUGUUUGGAACGUUCUGGUUCACUUUCAAGGCCGGCAAUUACGUCAAUGGGAACAAUGUAAAGCGUGUAUUCAAGUUCCAAUACCAGGUGAUAUAAUGGACACCUUCAUGCAGAUAUUUAGUAACUUUACUUACACAACAAAUUCUUUUGUAAUAAAAUAAUGUCCAUUACUGUUAUAA